CGCGUGAGGCCCUUGGCUGAGGGAACCUGUCACCUGUGGUGGUGGUAAUCCUCAGACUUGGUUAUAAAAUAUUGAUCGUGAAGAAAGGAACUGCAGGAGCCCGGGCCUGAGAUGAGUUUGGAGUCCUUGUUCCAGCACAUCGUCUACACCGAGCACUGGGCCGAGCAGAGCCGCCGGGUGCUGCGGGAAGUAAAGUCGGAAGUAACCAGAUGCCGUGAAAACAUUAAGAAAACAACCGAGGUACUGAAGGAAGAGAAAAUCAAGUUGGAGUCUAAGGGCCAGCAGUUUUCUGAAAAAUCCUUCCUCUUACAGCUUUUGAAAACUCAUGAAAAUGCUUUAGAAAGACAGUGCAGUGAAAUUACAAGCCAAAGAAAUAUGCUUUGCCAAACUCUUGAGGUUACAAAGAGAAAAGUGACAGAGGAGGAAGAAAAAUUUAUUAAGGAAAUUACAGACUUCAAUAAUGAGUAUGAAAUAACAAAGAAAAGAGAGAUUUUUGUGAAAGAAAAUGUCAAGAUUGAAAUAUCCAACUUAGAAAAUCAGGCAAAUGUUUUGAAAAGGGAAUUGAAGACAAUGCAUCAUGACAGUGGCCAGUUAAAUGAACUUCAAAAACAAAAGAAUGACUUGAUGCAAGAAUUGUUUACUCUCCAGAGAAAACUUAAAGUUCUUGAAGAUGAAGAGAAUGAAGCCAUUUGUACUACCAAAUACCUACAGGCAGAAAAAUUAAAAAUAAGUGAAAAGCCUCAAAAUGAUGCUGAAUGUUUAAGACUUAAAAGAGAAUUAGAACUUUAUAAGGAAGAUGACAUGGAAAGCGUAUAUGAAGCUCUCCAAACAGAAAUAGAAUUUUUGGAGUUGACAUUGGCACAAAAAGAUCUUCAGGAAAAGAAAUAUCCUAAAGCACGCCGAGCCAGGCGGCCGGCAGCCUUUCAUUCUGGGGGCUCAUCCGGGAUAUCACGGCUACCCAUCAUCUACAACGUCGGCCUUGGAGCCGUUCGGCCCAUUGUAAAAUAG